UCUUGGGCGUGGCUUGGAAGCUGAAUAAAAAAUGGCUCAAAAUCUUGAAGUUUGUUCAAUUUCCCCGGAACUUUUUGAACGUGUUAAGAAAUUCCGAUUCCGCAAAGAAAAGACGUCUGCCGCCAUUAUUAUGAAGAUAGACGUUGAGUCUAUGACUAUUAUUGAGGAUGAUACAGUUGAUGAAGAUACGAUGAAUGAUUUGAAAAUUGAAGACUUGGAGGCAGAACUGCCAACACACGAGCCGAGAUAUGUUGCCCUAAGCUACUGUUACCAUCACGACGAUGGGAGGGUAUCCUAUCCUCUCGUCUUUAUAUUUGUUAGUCCACAAGGUAUUAAACCAGAGUUGCAAAUGAUGUAUGCCGGCUCUAAACUGACUCUUGUCAAUAAAUGUGGAUUCACUAAAGUUUAUGAAUUAAGGGGAACUGAUGAACUUACUGAAGAAUGGUUACUCUCAAAACUGAAGAAGUGAUGACGCAUGAAUGUAGAAGUGAAGCUUCUUUGAAAACGUGUGAUUAUUCUUAUUAUUAAUAUUCUUAUUAAUAUUCUUAUUAUUGUCCUUUUACUGUAUAAUAAACUAAUGAUGAUUUUUGUAGUAUGAUUUUUUUAGCUUUUCAAUGAUGAUUUUGGAAAUAACAGUA